UCGGACGCGCUCUCGCCUCAGCCGCCGCAAACGCCUCCUCCUCAGUCCCGACGCGCGGCUACUUUGAACCGGCAGGAAGUGAGAGACGACCGACUUCCGGCGGUUGGACUGUGAAAAGCAAGGGAGUGCCAGGGAUGGCGACGAAGCGGCUGGCGCGGCAGCUUGGCUUAAUUAGGAGAAAAUCAGCUGCACCAGCAAGCGGAAAUCCAGGAAGAAGCAAAUUCAAGCAAUUGUUUGAUUACUUAAUUGUCAUCGAUUUUGAGUCAACGUGCUGGAGUGAUGGGAAGCACCAUGGUAGCCAGGAAAUAAUUGAGUUUCCAGCAGUAUUGUUGAGCACUUCCACUGGAGAAAUUGAAUCUGAGUUCCAUGUGUAUGUUCAACCUCAGGAACAUCCAAUACUUUCUGAAUUCUGCAAGGAACUGACAGGCAUACAGCAGGUUCAAGUUGACGAAGGAGUCCCUCUGAAGAUUUGCUUAUCUCAGUUCUGUAAAUGGAUUCAUAAGAUUCAGCAACAGAAGAAAAUUAUUUUUACUACUGGGACUUCAGAGCCUUCCACUUCAGAAGUAAAACCUUGUACCUUUGUUACAUGGUCAGACUGGGACUUAGGGGUUUGUCUGGAGUAUGAGUGUAAGAGGAAACAGCUGCUAAAGCCCAUAUUCUUCAAUUCUUGGAUUGAUCUCAGAGCAACUUACAAGCUUUUCUAUAGGAGAAAACCAAAAGGUCUAAGUGGUGCCUUGCAGGAAGUGGGAAUAGAAUUCUCAGGAAGAGAACAUUCUGGGUUGGAUGAUGCUCGGAACACUGCCCUCCUUGCCUGGAAGAUGAUCAGAGAUGGUUGCCUAAUGAAGAUCACAAGGUCAUUGAACAAGGUUCCCACUGAGAAGAAUCCCAACAUUCUGAGCAGAAAUUUGAAUAGAAAUCAAGUUGAAGAAACCUCUUCCUGCAAUGUUAACAUCCAGAGGCCCAGCAGAUGUGAUAGGGAGCCUAAAAAUACCAUAGAUUCUUGUGAAAAAGUUCAAAUGAGGUCAGUUUGUAUGAAUUCUCCCAAGAAGUUAGAGCAGGAUCACUCCAAACAGAAGGACAACGUAAAAGCCGGUUUUCACAAUGUCAAAAGUUGCUUACCUCUUUUGAAUGCCAAACCUCCUUCUUCUCUGGAGCAGCUGUCAUCUCCUACCUUGAAUUCAUCUCUCCAUUUACAGAAGCAAAGAAAAAACGACCAUCUUGCAUAUAAUACCAAAUCUAAGUCUUUAACAACUAGUUCAGAAUUAGUGCUUGUUCCUACCACCAUUCCAUGUGUUAAUCAUGGCUCUGAUGUGGAAAUGAGUUCUACUCCUGACUGUUUACCUGUGUUGACUGACUGGGAGGAUGUAAUUUUAUUGCCAGCAUCUCAGCCUGAUCAAAGUGUAGAUUGUAUACCUCCCAAUAGUGACUCAGGUAUGUCUUUUAGUUCUGGAGAAAGAUCAGUGGUUUUCGAAGAACCAGAAGUGCUAAGCUGUGAAAACUUGGAAGACAUAGAGGAAACUCCUCAAAAGUUUGAGACCUCCAAAUCAGUUGUGUACAAGAGUCCACACACUACUAUUUAUAAUGUAAAGCAAACCAGAGAUCUAGGUUCAAAUGUUUCUGCCUUUAAGAUACCCGGACACAAAUCAAGUUCCUUCAGUACUGUUACUGCCAAUGCAUCUCAUGCUUCAGAUCUGGGAAAACAUCCGCUUCACUUAGGUGGAAACAAAAGGAAGCCGUUUAGUCCCCCAAUCUUCCUAUCAGCAAAAAAACAAAACUUUAGUACCCAUGAAGAAAAGCCUACAUCAUCUGAUUGCUCUGUAGUAAGAAAUUCUUCCCGGGAAGUUCUCUCCCCUGUAUUAACGCCUACGGUUAACUCAGGAGAGCCUUGGAACAAUGGGAAAAUGACACCUCCUUUAUGCAAGUGUGGCCGAAGAGCUAAGAGACUUAUUGUUUCUAAUAAUGGACCAAACCAUGGAAAAGUCUUCUAUUGUUGCCCUACUGGGAAAUACCACGAAAACAGAAAGUGUUGUGGUUAUUUCAAAUGGGAACACACUCUUCAGAAGGAAAAAGCCAACGGCAUGGUUCUGUCUCUUUCCACAGGGCAGCUUGUUUUUAAUUCUCCUGAAAUAAACCGUAUCUCUGACAGAACUUUUUCUGUUAAAAAUAGUUUGAAACUAAGGCCUUCAAUGAGGAACUGACAGACUUCAUAGCCAAACUUUACUGUGAUUUUUAGUGCAGAAAAGAUUUAAGAACAUGUAUAAGCUCUCUAGACUAAAACUAUUACACACAUACAUAAACUCAAACAGAAAAGAUAAAUUUCAUCACCUUACACUUGAAUUACCUUUUGUCUAAUAUUUGUAUUCUGUU